AUGGCCUGGGCACACCGACGGGCAUGCUUCCUACUGGGGAGGCUCUGCGCCAAGAAGCUCAAGUCUCCAGGUAGGGCAGAAGGGAGGAACACUAGAGCCCGUGUGUAUUACGAGGAAGCCCUUGGAGUCUCUGUCGACGGUUUCUCUGACCUCCCUCUCCUCAUCGCCCUGUACACCAACCUCACAGCCGUCUACCUCAAACAGAAGAUGGCCGACAAGCUGCCCCCGACCCUGGAGAAGGCCAGUGCUCUGCUCCUCUGCCUCCCCAGCCACACCUUCACCUCCCUGGAUGAGUUUGAGCUGCUGAAGCUUGUGCUGCGGAGGUCUAUGGUGGAAGGGGACAAACACCUGGAGGCACGGGCCUGCUACCUCACUGCCAGCCUCUUCCUCCUCCUUAGAAAGAUAGAUGACGCCCUGCCCUUCGCGGAGCGUCUCCAGUUCCUCACCGUUACCCUGUCUGCUGAGAAGGGACGCCCCAUCGCCCCCCUGGACCUCAACUGGCUUCUGUCCCGUCUCUACAACCGUAAAUACAUGCCCUACCUGGCCCUGGCAUCACUCAGCCUGGACACUGGACAGGACCACUCACUACAGGAUGCCUUCCACAGGAUAGAACUGUUCAGCAGGAACUCGGUGCGUCUGAACCCGCGAUGGAAAGAGGGAACGUCUCUUCUCCCAGCCCAGAUCGUGGUGUACCUGCAGCAGGCUCUGGCAAUUGCGGAGCGGGGUGACGACCUUAAGACCCAGAGAGACCUAUGUCUGGGCCUGGCCUGUGUUUACCAGCAACACGGGGCCCUGGAGAAGGCCCUGCCCUGUGCCCAGCAGGCUGUACAGACCGGGGGAGGUAUCAACGAGGAGGAGGGGUUUGAGGCGUCAGUACUGCUGGGAUGGCUGUUAGUCCUGACGGGACAGCCUGAGAGGGCACAGAACACCUUGCAGCCACUAUUACAGUCACUACAGGUAAUUACAGUCACUACUUGUAACUACAGUCUCUACAGGUAACUAAAAUCACUACAGGUAAGUACAGUCUCUACCGGCAACUACAGUCUCUCUGGUAAUUACAGUCUCUACAGGUACCUACAGUCUCUCUGGUAACUACAGUCAUAACAGGUAACUAAAAUCACUACAGGUAACUAUAGUCUCUACAGGUAACUACAGUCUCUCUGGUAACUACAGUCUUUCUGGUAACUACUGUCUCUACAGGUAACUACAGUCUCUCUGGUAACUACAGUCUCUCUGGUAACUACUGUCUCUACAGGUAACUACAGUCUCUCUGGUAACUACAGUCUCUCUGGUAACUACAGUCUCUACAGGUAAUGACAGUCCCUACAGGUAACUACAGUCUCUCUGGUAACUACAGUCUCUCUGGUAACUACAGUCUCUACAGGUAACUACUGUCACUACAGGUAACUACAGUCUCUACAGGUAACUACAGUCUCUACAGGUAACUACAGUCUAUACAGGUAACUACAGUCUCUACAGGUAACUACAGUCU